UCCAUCCCCUCCUUUCUCUCUACAAACUGGUUCUUCCAGAUGAGAGCAGGUCCUGCCUGGCCCCGGCGGGGCUUGGGCCUGGAGUAUUAGUGGCGGGGCCAGGGAGUGGGAUGAAGGGCUACAGCUAGCCUCCCUGCCCCGCAGGCUCCCUCGGGACACCCCCCAUCUCCACCGCGCAAACAAGCAGCAUUUUAUUAAGCAUCCACGUCCGAGCUUGGGCUGUGCACUGGAGAGGGGAAGACAAAAAAGGAAACCGUCCCUGUCCUCCAGGAGCUUCCAUUCCACCCGGGGGAGGGGGAUAUGUCCACGGCUGCAUCGUAAUCACUAGGAACUGUACAUCACCUGGCCGUCCUUUCAUGGCCCAAGAAAAAGUCACCAUCCCUCUUUUAAGAACAAGUUCGUCAGGAGCCUCACCUUCUAACCUGGGGAAGAAUGGAGCGAAACUUCGGGGAAACUCAGAAAUCUUCUUGCCUCCCCCCAAGUUCCCAGCCCCCAACCCAAACCUAGUGCCGGUGGGCAGAGGGGCGGGGGGAAGGGCUUGGACUGGGGAACCCGGCAAUCUCCAUAACCAUGGGUGCCUGGAAGUGCGGUCUCUUCUGAAUGAUGGCCUCAGCUGGAGACCCCCACGUUGCCCAGAAAGAUGCUGCCGACCAGAAUUUCGACUACAUGUUCAAGCUGCUCAUCAUUGGGAACAGCAGCGUGGGGAAGACCUCCUUCUUGUUCCGAUAUGCCGAUGAUUCUUUCACCUCGGCCUUUGUCAGCACGGUGGGCAUUGACUUCAAAGUUAAGACUGUCUACCGAAAUGAAAAGCGGGUCAAGCUGCAGAUCUGGGACACUGCAGGGCAGGAACGCUAUCGGACCAUCACCACUGCCUAUUACCGGGGUGCCAUGGGCUUCCUGCUGAUGUAUGAUGUCUCAAACCAGGAAUCCUUCAAUGCUGUCCAGGACUGGGCCACACAGAUUAAGACAUACUCCUGGGAUAAUGCCCAGGUCAUCCUCAUUGGGAACAAGUGCGAUUUGGAAGAUGAGCGGGUCGUGUCCACAGAAGAUGGCAAGCACCUCGCUGAUGACCUAGGUUUUGAGUUCUUCGAAGCCAGUGCCAAGGACAACAUCAACGUGAAGCAGGUCUUUGAACGCCUGGUGGACAUCAUCUGCGAGAAGAUGAACGAGAGCUUGGAAGCGGGGCCGGGAGCCGUGGGCAACAGCAAGGGCGCGACGCUCGGCGAGGGGCCCCCUGCCCAGGCCGGCAGCUGCAGCUGCUAACGCUGGGCCCCCGCCCCUCUUCCUGCCGGGUUUUACGGCUGCCAGAAGUCAGGAGCAGCGAGAGCCAGUCCCGGGGCACCCCCUUUCUCCCCCCGCGGGGACUGCGGCCCACUCAGGGCCUCCGCUUCUGCCCCCCGUGCCUGUGGAACUCUGCUCCUCAUUUCUCCCUCGGAGCCUGCCUGCCCACUCCCCCAGAGAGCCCGGCCCUCCCGGAUCCACCCGGAGCCCGUGGAGAGCAGGCCUUGGUGCUGGCUGGGCCUGGUGUUGACUGAAGGCCCGGGAGAUCGGAUGCGCCCCCGACAUUUCCCUGUUUGGGGGAGUGGUGGGAUGGAGGUGGGCAUUUAAUAGGCUGCGGCCCCAGCCAGUUGGAUGAACAACUAGCGAGGAAGAAGGGAGGAAAGGCCCCACUCAUUACAGCAUCAAUCAGGAGCAUUUCCUAAAUCUACCAGAAAGUCCACGGAUGGCAGGUGGGCCUCCCCUCGGAGUUUCAAAGGGGUCCCUGUGAGGGGUAAGCCCCACUGACCAGAAGGGGCAGCCAGUGUCCCCCGCAGAGGAGCUGACGGGAGCAUGUGUUCCUAGGCCUUCGCCCCCUCUUGUCCCACACAUCCUCCCUACUGCCUGGGAAAAUACAGAGCAACAAAGUCAAUUUUUUUAGUUCCACUAAAACAUUGGAAACCCAAAAGGGAAAAGUUAGUCCAGUGGUUUCUUCUCACUUCGGAGACAUGAAAAGUGCCUUUCAAGCGACACAAUUGUCAGUUGUUUUCAUUUAUCCCCAUUAUGGUCCUGCUUUCAUUCCAUCCCAUCUCCCCAAUCCCCGUGAAGAUUUCAUUAUAGAACCGUGGAUAGCGGGAAUGGGUGGAAAAUCACAUUUUUAACACAAAAGUCUUGAGUUUAAUAAAAUAAUGGACAUUU